AUGGAGAUUUCCUCAAUCUCAGGACCCCUUCCCCCCAUUCCUGACAGUCUAACUAUUCCCCAGUUCAUCUUUGACUGCGAAUAUGUGACACGACCUAUGAGAAGGGCCGGUACCCCUUGGUUAAUUGAUGACACGACCGGAAGAGCACUUGGAAGGGACGAGGUCCGUUCUUCAGCAGCCUUAGGUUGA